AUGCGACGUUUUGAGAGGAUUUACGAUGUCGUCGAAUCCGUUGAGGAUUAUCGGAUUGGCGGUUAUCACCCUGUGCAUUUGGGGGAUUUGUUUCACCAGAGAUACGAAAUCAUUGGGAAAUGGGCAUUUGGUCAAUUUUCUACCGUGUGGCUCGCAAGAGACCAGAGGCUACAAAGAGAUGUCACUUUAAAAAUUGUGAAAAGUGCCGUCUCGGAGGAUAGCAAAGAGCUUUCUAUUCUCAAUGAAUUGUCGCAUUCGAUAACACCUCAUGCCGGCAAGGAGCAUGUUAUCUCGCUUCUGGACCACUUUGAACACGAAGGCCCGAACGGCUUGCACCUUUGUCUUGUGUUCCCUUUAAUGAUGUCCGAUGGUGAGGCAAUAACAAUCCGUGGGAAGGCUCGCAAUGUAAGCUUUGUACGGGCAGUAUCAACACAGAUUAUCCUUGGCUUGGAUUUCCUUUAUCAGAACAAUAUGAUCUAUGGCGAGGGUGUACUGAUUAUUCUAUUAGAUUUGCAACCCGCUAACAUUCUAUUCACCGUAAAGCAAGCCCAGUGUCGGGAUUUUUUGGUACCUCCAGAGUUUAGUCCCGUUCGUUGGCUACCUGGAAUCACGGCAGACUCCAGUGCUCCGCGGUAUUUGAUGACCUCCUAG